UCAUGUGGAGUGAUGUAGGCAGAAGCCCACAGACUGUGAUUCACUGUAAAGGAGGAGCCAGUUAAACAGCGUGGACUGUCGGAGAAGAGAGGAGGAGAGAAGAAAGCGAGCUGAGGGCUGUGAGACGACGAGUCGGCUGAAGCGACAGUGCGAGGUUUACCAGCUUUUUAUUUCCUCGACGCUGUCAUAAAGAAGCCUGUGAAGUGAAGGACUCUCAGGAUGGAGCGGAUGGAGUCAAUGGAGCCGAUCUCGGCAUACUACACCACGGCUUACCCGGAGAUCCAACCAGACAGUACUUACGGAUCCAAAGAGACAACCGAGAGCCAGGCAAUGACUCCACCACCUCCAACAUAUGACGAGGAGUUGGUGCACAAGACAAUCCUGGUUGGGGACAGUGGUGUGGGGAAGACAUCUCUGCUGGUGCAGUUUGAUCAGGGCAAGUUCAUCCCUGGCUCAUUCUCUGCCACAGUGGGCAUCGGAUUCACAAAUAAAGUGGUGACUGUGGAUAACGUAAAGGUCAAACUGCAGAUAUGGGACACAGCAGGACAGGAAAGGUUCAGAAGCGUGACACAUGCGUAUUACAGAGAUGCACACGCUUUGCUCCUUUUGUAUGACAUCACCAGCAAGUCAUCUUUUGACAACAUUAGGGCUUGGUUAACAGAGAUCCACGAGUAUGCACAGAGCAAUGUAGUCAUCAUGUUGCUGGGCAACAAGGCCGACAUGAGCAGUGACCGAGCGAUCAGGAGAGAUGAAGGAGAGAGGCUGGCCAGAGAGUACUCAGUUCCUUUCAUGGAGACAAGUGCCAAGACAGGGGUCAAUGUAGAUCUGGCCUUCACUGCUGUGGCCAAGGAGUUGAAGCAUCGGGCCAUCCAGCAUCCCAGUGAACCCAAGUUCCAGAUUCAUGAAUAUAUUGAGGCACAGAAGGAGAAGUCAGGUUGCUGCAGCUACUUUUAAAACUUAUCUCCCAACUUUUCCUCCUCCCAUAGCUCUGGGCGAACAGACUGUCAGAGACACAUUACUGAGUGGGAGGAAGCCCUGUAUCUCACUGCUGCUCACAAAAUGUUACACUGCCAUUCAUUCAAGACUAAAAGCCAAACGUACAUCAGUGGAUUAACCAUGCUACAGACCCACACAAAUUUUCUUUAGCUGAAUACCUCCAACUCUCCAGACGUCAGUUUGCACUACUGAUGCUUUCUAAAGUACAUUCAAGGAAAGAGUAGUUAUUUAUUUGAUAGGUUACAAAAUAUUCCCUCAGGAAUUUUUUUUUAACUUAGAUGAUCAAUAUUAGUCUCUUGUAUUUGUUUUUUUUUUUAAUGCAAUUGCAGUCAAGAGUUAGUAAAUCUGGAGGCAGGAGCAAACAGCUAGCCUGACCUUGUCACAAACCACCUACAACUCCAUAACAUAGUUUUCUCAUUUGUUUAACAUGAACCAUGCUAACAGACAGUGUACCCUAGCCUGUUAGCAUGAGAACUUUUACUAAUUUUGAUUAAGUGCAGUGCAACCGAUGCUAAAGGAGCCUUUCAUUUAGAGAAUAUUUGUUAUAAUCCAAUUAAAAACCUUUUCAUGACAUUUACAUGCAUCUUCUAUUUUUAAAAUUGUAUUUAUUUAUUUAUUUGUAAGUAAUUAUAAUAAAUUAUAAUUAUCUAUAUAAAAUGUAUUUUCUCUUGGUGAAGUUAUAUGAUUCAUGUGUCUUUGGAACAGUUAUUUCUGUUAAUAUUUUCUGUUGUUUCCUCACAUGUGGACAGUAAGGUGCUAGGCUGGUUAGCACUUUUGCCUCACAACAACAAGGUUACUGGUUUAAGCCCUGGUUGGGAUCAUUGUGUGUAGAGUUUGCAUGUUCUCCCUGUGCCUGUGAUGAUUUUUCUCAUGCAUAUUGGGUUAACUGGUGUUUCUAAAUGAACUGUAGACCGUAUGUAAGGAACUUAAACUACUUGGAGCAUGUAGAAUAAACAUUGGCAUGCAGAGCAAUGCAUCUGUGAA